AUGUCCUGGACAUGCUCCUUGGCAUUUCGGUCGAUACCGCGCUCGUCAUGUAAGCAUGCCGUCCGGCCUAUACGUCGAAUGCACUGCCACGCCUUGAGCACGAGCGGCGCUCGUUUCGUUCGUAAACAUAUCUUACGGCUUGCGCCGUACAAACCGAUCGUGCCCUUCGAGAUCUUAUCAGAGGAGCUUGGGAUUGCACCAGAGGACAUCGUCAAACUAGACGCGAACGAGAAUCCGUAUGGCCCACCGCCAGAAGUAGAAAUGGCCAUGUCGAAUCUUCGAUUCCCUCAUGUGUACCCUGACCCUGAAUCCCGUACACUUCGAAGAGCGCUGGCGGCCGAUUGUAAUGUGCCUGUUGAAAACAUACUCGUUGGAUGCGGCGCCGACGAGCUGAUUGACCUUUUGUUACGGGUUGUUCUCGAUCCUGAUGACGUGGUCAUUAACACUCCUCCCACAUUUGGAAUGUAUUCUUUUGAUUGUGCAGUUAACGGUGGCAAAAUAAUAGAUGUCCCGAGGCAGCUUUCGUACCCGUUCGCAAUCAACGUUCAAGAAAUUGAGAAAGCCGUGCUCCAGCACGAGGCAAAAGUGUUGUUUCUAACAUCUCCAAACAACCCAGAUGGAGGUAUAAUUGCUGAUGCUGACAUAGAUAGGCUUUUGCAGCUGCCUGUAUUGGUUGUUCUCGAUGAAGCUUACAUAGAGUUCAGUGAUAGCGCUUCUAGCCGAAUCUCUGACGUCCCUAAGAGACAAAAUCUCGUGGUCUUGCGAACUUUCAGCAAGCGAGCGGCUCUUGCAGGCAUGAGAAUCGGAUACGGAGCCUUUCCAAACGGCCUGAUCGAGUAUAUAUGGCGCGCAAAACAGCCAUAUAACGUAUCUGUUGCUGCGGAGGUAGCAGCUUGCGCAGCACUUGGAAACAAAGAGUAUCUGACUAUGGUUAAAAACCUAAUUGUCGAGGAAAGGGACAGGCUAUUCUCUGUCCUGUCGAAUUGUCCUUACCUGACACCGUAUCCAUCUGAUGCGAAUUUCAUCCUGUGCCGCGUGGAAGGAAGAGAUGCCCUCGAGUUGAAGGAACAGCUGGCGUCGAGGGGUAUUAUUGUCAGACAUUAUUCGAGUCCCCCAAGUAUUUCUGGAUGUCUGCGUAUUUCCGUUGGUAAACCGAAGCAUACUGAUGCCCUUCGAGAUGCCUUGGAAAACCUUGGCGCCGGAAAUCAAAUCAGCGCAAGUGCUUCGGAAUGA